GCCCUCUUUUGUUUCUGCUUGACAGUAGCAACUGUUCCAGCCCUUGUCUGAUUAUGUGGGACGCCUUCAUUUAAUGGGAACAGCUUCUUUGCUGCCCCCUUUUUUUAUAGGCAAGGAAGCUUCUUACUGGGCAUCUUUGUUGGGGACAAAGCGUUACUUAUGCUAAAGAAAAAUGUAUUCCCCUUUGAAUAAGAUCGUGGGAAGCAUAACAAGCUCAUUAGUUAUGCUCAGUUUGUACCCUGGCCUUUGCUUAUAGUAGAGAGUGGCAAAGAUGGCAUCAAAAAGGGACAUUCUGCUGCUGCUGGCACUUCAUACGAGGAGAAUGUCAUGCAACUUGGGUCCCUUCAGUUAGGUUCAACUCAGGUUUGUUAAUUUAGCUGAGUCACCUAAAUACUAUGAGAAAAUAAUUCAUCUUGAAAGCAAAAUAUAUGUCAAUUGUGUCUUUUGUCCCUGGAAGCUGUGAGAGAAGAAAAUAUGUUUUUACUCUUAAAAGUGAUAUCAUUAUAAUUGAUUUAUUAUAGAUACUUUAUAUCUAUGCAUCUAUGUAUCAUAGUACUUUGUACUUCUCAGUAUGAAGUAUUUUGUUGGCAUUGGGGUACAAAAAGCUUUUAUAUUGGAAUCCUGAAUAUGUACUAGAUGACUAGACUGCUUACAGUCAGUCAAAGAUUCUAGUUACCUCCUGGAUCAACAACGCAAAAGAAAAGAAUUUAAUAUCAGUAUAGAUGACCAUGCAGCAUGCAGUUCAAGUGUGGUUUGGAGAUGAUCUUCCUCUUAGCCCCCGAAGUCCCCUCACUCCCCGACAUGGGCCAGGUUUGGCUGAUGUUUGUCAAUAUGAUGAAUGGAUAGCAGUACGCCAUGAAGCUACUUUGGUACCUAUGCGAGAAGAUUUGGCAAUCUGGCUAAAUGGUUUAUUGGGUGUUGAUGUCAAGGCAGAAAGAUUAUUAGAAGAACUCGAUAAUGGUGUCCUUCUAUGCGAACUGAUCAAUGUUCUGCAAAACACAAUUAAAACAUGUUGUGAUUCCAAGGAAAUAGGAGAUUUUCCAAUGAGAAAAAUUCCCUGUAAGAAAGAUGCCCCAUCAGGCUCAUUCUUUGCUAGAGACAAUACUGCAAACUUCCUUCAUUGGUGCAGGCGUGUUGGUGUUGAUGAGACUUACCUCUUUGAAUCUGAAGGUUUAGUUUUACACAAAGAUCAGAGACAGGUUUAUCUUUGCCUUCUGGAAAUUGGGAGAAUUGUAUCAAGAUAUGGUGUUGAACCACCUGUAUUAAUAAAACUUGAGAAAGAGAUUGAACUAGAAGAAACCUUGCUAAAUACCUCUGGAUCUCUGCUACCAGACAGCCCGCCAAAGUCCUGCUGUCACCACGGAGAGCUCCAUGAAGCGGUUAAGCACAUUGCUGAAGAUCCUCCGUGUAGUUGUUCUCAUCGAUUUUCCAUUGAGUAUUUGUCCGAGGGGCGCUACAGAUUAGGAGACAAAAUACUUUUCAUAAGAAUGCUUCAUGGCAAACAUGUGAUGGUCCGUGUUGGUGGAGGCUGGGAUACUCUUCAAGGUUUCCUGCUUAAAUAUGACCCCUGCCGAGUGUUGCAAUUUGCAACCCUGGAGCAAAAAAUCCUUGCGUUUCAAAAAGGCAUUUCUAAUGAGAGUAUUCCAGAUUCACCCGCCAGAACUCCCCCACCACCUUUAAUGGAUCCAAUGUCUGCUGUCAACAUGAUUCAGAAGCAAAAUUCGAGACCUGGCACACCAGCUUCUGUGCUGAGGGUCAGGGAGAAACAGGCCAUUAGCAAACGCCCUCAGUCUCCUGCUCGGGCAUGUGCCACAGCCACGCUGCAUGUGCCCAACUCUCUUAAAGCUGGCCACUCAAACUCUGAGUGUCCUAAAGCACCAAAUUCAUCCACAGCAGCUUCUCCUCAACAUCUUACUAGCUCAAAAAGAGCACCAGAGAAACCAUCAGCUCUUGCCCACCUGGUCAGUAAAAGCACUUCUUCCCCUGCUUCCUUGAAGACUGCAUUGGGUGUCUCUGAGCCUCUACGCAAACGCGUCUUGUCUCCCGACCACCCCAAAGCCAAGUGCCCACCAGCACAGAAUUCUGGGGGCAGGCCACCUCUUGCUCAUCUGUCACAGAAGUAUUCUGUUCAUUUAAAGCACAGCUCAGCAUCACCAACCCCCCCCAAGCUUCCCACAACAAACAGCAGGCUAGGAUCUAAGCCUUCCCCUUCUCUUCAGUCCCCUGCAAAAAUAACAAAAUCCAGUACCAAAAGCACAGUGGAAAGACCAGCAACAGCACAACCUCAGCCAGCCAGCAGAGGGCCACAGACGGGUAGAGUCCAACCACAGAAGCUCAAAUCAGCUCAGAAAUUAAACCAGCCAGUUUCUGCAGCCUCAGUUUUGCCUGCAAAAACAGCCCGGGUGGCAACCUUGCUGGGACCAAAUGGUAAGAAUGGGGCUUCCGAAACUAAAAAGCAGCCCCAGAAUAAGAGCAAAGGUCUUCCAAUGGGGUCUAGCCUCUCAAAGUCUCCUGGUCGCACCCCAUUGUCAGUUGUAAAGCUUUCCCAGUCUUCCAGCAAAACACAGACUUUAGUAAAGGCCUCCCAGCCAGCCACAAAGGGUCAACCUUUGAUGAAAACCCCACCCAAGGGUGGCAAAACCACGGCUCUGUCAGCCAAGAAACCACUCUUGUCUGGGAAAGAACCAAUCAGUGAUGGCGACAAGCCCACCCUGAAGAAAAAGGAGGACGAUCAUUAUUUUGUUAUGACUGGAAAUAAGAAAGCCAGAAAGUAAAUAAAAAUGGGUCGUUCAUGUUGGAGUGAGCACUGGAAAUAAGAAGAAAAGAAUGUAACUUAUAUAUUCAAGAUCUUCAGUAAGAUCUUUUCAAUGUGUUGUGUCUGAGCGUGCAGCGGUUAGCUGUACUGAGGAAGAACAAAAAAUGUAUAGCGCUGCAAAGAACACUGAAUUUGAGCAAGAAGACCUGGGUUUGAAUUCUGCCUCUCUUACCUGUGGGCAUGUCCUUGGGUGAGCCUCAGUUUCCUCUUCUCAAAUGAGGGAGUUUGGUUGGAACUUGGGUCACAUGCAGCUCUCAGUUAGUGGGUAUGGUCAGCAAAAGAUGGCACCCAGGAGCUUCAAUCUGGGGGUGCACUGUGACAGUGCCAUUUCCUUUCAAGUGUUUCUACUAAUGUCUCUGUGCAGGAAAGCUUGAGAAAUUCAAGAACACUGUUGAAAUGAUGGUUACUCCCAGUGCCAAUCUAUGACAAGUUCAUUUAUAAGAUGACAUGUCCUAUAAACGACACUAAGCUCUUGUUUGUGACUUUGACAUCGUUUGGAUACAGCAAAGUCAGUGUACACCUACCUUUCCUAUUCAGCAUUGCCAAGAACGCAUAAAGUGGACAAUCAUUGGUUGCUAAUGAUUAGACUGGGAUUACUCUGAAUUACUGUCAAUUUUUUAAAAACUAUUUUAAGUUUCUUCAUCAGUGCCCCAGAAAAACUCGGAACUGACUUGGCAAAUGUCUAUUGUUAUCAUGAAUAAUGUUUUGCUACUUGGGCCUAAUUUAUUGUCUUAUGAAUACUGAACUGUAGAUAGGAACUAAACCUGGUUCAGUUUGCUAUCUGCAAACAUACAGAUGUCUUGAACUUUUGAAAGGGGAAUGGCGUGCAAAGUUUAUGGAAAAAAUGGACUCAGUAGCUUUUAGGAAAAUACUUCCUAACAAUUGUUUUUAACACUUUCUGUAACUUCAUAAGAAGAGUUGACAUUUAAAAAGGUUAAUGUCAAAAUUCUGUUGGAUUAAAAAUCUUCACAGUGAAAGAAAGACAAGAAAUGUACUUUGAGUGGUGCUAUAAAAAUUGUUUUUCAGAAAAUAUUUUUCUCUUUCUUCAGAGAGUAUAGUUUUGCCAAUUUUAACCACAUUCUCAGAAUCACAUCUUUCCCCAAUCUGGAGCAAGGCUUUCUUCAAAAUUUAGAUAAUCAAUGGGACACAUUUGUUCUGUAGGCAUAACCCUGUAAUGCGGCGAGAGCUAAAUCAUGUAAUAAUAGACUAGAAGGGAUGUGGGACUUGUAAAUACUUUAAAGUGGAAAAGUGUUAAAUUUCUCAAUUCUUACAUGUUUAAGACACUACGAUUUCAGAAUAUUUUGUUGUUGUAAUGUCACAUUUUAUCCUUCCCUGCAGGUUCUUAUAAUGAAUCAUGACUUUUGUACUUUAGAUAUAUUUUUAAUUAAAGUCAUAGUUUCCAAAAAUAAAUAAAACAGAGUAUACAUUUUAGACACUUAUUUUCAAUGGCUUGAAUUGAUUGUCAAUAUUCUGCAGCCUAGAAAACAAGAAAGCCUUCUAUAAAAAAAAAUAAGUGCCUUGUCUCUCAGAUUUUCUUAAUGUAUGGGGUUAUUGUAGGUCAGUUUUUGGAAUGAUCAUAAUGCUACAAAUGUGGUUUCAAAUAAUUCAAUUAAAAAAUUAUUAAAUGUCUCCUAUGUACAAGACACUGUGUUAAGUGCUGGAAAAUACAUGGACAAAAAAAAUUGUUGGUUUAAAAGGAAUAUUCACCAAAUAGUUUGCCAAGGCCUACUGGUAUUCAGGGAUUUUGAGAAGAGCUUGCCCAUCUUUUCAAAGACAGUUCACUUUCUCAAAAAGAGGUUCAUAAACUAUUGUUCUUAUUAGUAAAUUUAGAGCUAGCAUGGCAUAGUGGAUGGAGAAUUGGUUCACUGUUGACAAAUACUAGCAGUGUGGCCCUGGGCAAGCCACUUAACCAGAAAGAUGCUGACCUGCAGUGAGAAAGGGAAUUUCCUUAUCUGGGAUCUCUCAGUACCAAAGAAAUCACAGGCCUAGUGUCUGUUCCUAUUUGUGAAUUAAAAAUUAAUGCACUUUCAAGAGAUGAGCAACUUGCAUUCAAAACUUUAAGUCUACACGAAGACCAAGGACAACAUUUCUUUACCAGUGACCUAGAGCUUUCAUAUUUUUAUAUUUUUUCAUUUUUGAUAUUUCAGGAAGCCAAUAUAUUAAAAUAGCCGAUUCACAGUUCUGUAUACUAAACUGCAGAGAAUCACAAAUUUCUCUUAGCAUCUAACAUCAGUACAUUGAAGGGAUUGGAUUGGAUGACCUCUGGUCUCCCUUCUGCCCUAGAUUUGUGAUUCUCUGGUUUGGACUAGAACUGCCCUGGAGUCUACUGCUGCCUUAUCAGCAUAUACAGAUCCCCCACAGCUCUCAAAAGCUAAAUCAGCAGAGCACAAACUUAGUCGGGUCCCACCAAGCUUCCAGGAUGGGCCUGGCAACAAGACUCUGUGUUUAUCAUCUGAGGACCAGUCUAGCAAAGUUUACCAGGCUAACCAUUGUGAGCUAUUAAUUACUUGGCUAUGCCAGGCUCUUGGAGAUGGUCUGCUUUGUGACAUACAUGAGCUGUGAUAUAUGUCAUUGGCAAAAACCCACACCAUUCAAACCUUGGCUCCAAAGAAAAGUGAUGUUUCUGAACAGUGCAUACCAGUAUGGCUCCUGUCCCAAGAUUUUAGCCACCUAAACCAUUUAGUUUCUUUAAAUGCCAAUGAAAUGUGUCCCAGAUAGCUACCAUUUUGUUAUUGCUUUCAAUAUCUGAAAGUAUAACAUUUUUGCAUUGGACCAAGGAUGUCCCAGAGGUGAGGAGUUUGAGAAGAUAUUAUUUUCAGAGUUGUAUUUUGUACAAUUCAAAUGACCAAAGCUCUUGGAAGAAGCAAUCAUGUCUGAUUUGAUUUUAAAAAACAGUGCAAUAAGUUUUUAAUUACUUUGCCAUGCUUUUAUUAAUGUAAUGAAUGUGUUAUGACAAACAACUACAGAAGUCUCAACACUGAUCUUUUUUUUUUUUUUAGAUUAUUUGGUCUUAAAUAAGCUGCGAAGUUAACAUGGGCAUAGAUAAAAAAGGACAAUGUUAGUUGUCUAUAAUACAAUCAUGUACUUGCUGUUUCUUACUGACAAAAACAAAUUCUGCAUUGCCAAAAAGUUCUGACAUUCUUAUGUCUAAUUUUAUGAGGACUCAAUACUUGACUCUGAAUUCAUGUAUUUAUAUUGGUUUUCUUUU